CAGCUGACCCAGAGAAACGAAGAUUAAUACAGCAGCAACUUGUUCUUUUGCUCCAUGCACAUAAAUGUCAGAGGCGGGAACAGCAAGCUCAAAAUGGUGCUGUAAAACCUUGCAACUUACCCCACUGUCGAACAAUGAAAAAUGUUUUGAACCACAUGACAACUUGUACUGCAGGAAAAACAUGCCAAGGUUUGAAAACAAGUGUUUUUAGAAUUUGUAGUAGAGUUAUGUAUACUUUCGUUUGUUUUCAAGUUCACUGCAUAAGGUAAUAAUGUAAGUCAAUAAUGUCUUUGCUCCUAAAUUCAAUAAUUUAACAUCAUGACUGUUUUGGUGACUUCAUUAUUAUAUACAUGUUAUUUCUCUUUUUAGUCUACAUCGAAUUUUUGUGAGAAAAGAGAUAAUAUCCUUUUCAUAACUAUUGUUCCAUUUACCACAUGGACCACUUUACCCAAUUGUUACCAAAUUGUUGCAUCCUUACAGUACUGUUGGUACCUACCUAAAAAAUACGUGAUAUUUCUUAUUAUAAGUAUUGUUAAAGUUAUGAAGGUUUUUUUUUGUGGUACAUAGUGAAAAGUGUAUGUCUGUUUUUGACCCUGCAGUUGCCCAUUGUGCUUCAUCUCGACAAAUCAUUUCGCACUGGAAAAACUGCCUCAGGCAGGACUGUCCAGUUUGUCUUCCUCUAAAGCAUGCAUCUGAUAAUAGAAGAGGUAUUUUUUAUUGUCUAUAUUGUCAUUAAAUGCCAGUACCCAGCCGCUGUGAUAAUCUUGCAGCCCAUUUUCAAGAUAAAUACCAAAAGAGAGGAAUUGGUAGUUUUGUACUCAAAACAUGAAAACCUUCAAGAAAUACCAAAAAAUAGUUUUUUGCAAGUCUAGUCAGGGUUUUUCUCUUAUUUGGCAGUUCCUGGUUGUCCCUGGUAACUUGCCUUGUUUGUCUUAGGGGACAGGGGUAAAUUUGGAAGGUUGUGAGCUUUUGAUUGUAAGUUUUGUUCUGGCAUUAUAUACCUGCAGCUGUGUAUUUGAAACAAAUAACUGUGCUUGUUUUUCCAAGAAGUAUGCCCAUAAUUACCUUACACAGACAUGUAUUGUACAUAUUAAUGUACAUAUAUAUUGUGGUCUUAAUGCACUUUCUCUGAUUUUCACAUUGUUUUUGUUUGUUGUUCUAUUUAAAUAUAAAGUAAUAGAUUUUAUUGUUUACAGAUUGUUUACUGUUGUGUCAAAAAUUGCACUGUCAAAUUUUUGUUCUUUUUACUGCCUAGUCUUUGGUGACUGGUGUGUUUUGUCUAGUGCUUAGUUUUAAACCAAAGCCUCUGUUAUUGCUCUUUUGAAAAUUUCUGAAGUAAAGGUUUUCUUUUACAGCAGGAGUUACAGGAAAUGUUCAAGGAAUGGAAAGGGCUUAUGAAGCUCUUGGACUAACCUUGAGAAAUGGAGAGCCAAGAUUGCAACAAUUUGGUAAGAAACAUUUAGUUGAUUAUGUCUUCCCAUUUAUACCAUAAUGGUAGAAUACUAAGGGGAGAGUUUUUUUUAUUGCUGCAUGUACCUUUGAGGUGGUGACAAACAUGAAAACUUACGUUUGAUAAAAAAUAAGCAGGCCUGAAAAUGGGAAAUGUUUUGACUUGUGGUUGCAAUCCUAAGAAACUGCCCAUAUGUACUCUAAAUUUCUUGGUGCUGCUCUAAAGCUGCGGCAAAACGAGUGCAAGACACUGACGCAAAAUUGUCAAAUUCAACAUUUGACUGCCUUGUUACAUGAUGUUUAAUAUUGUUUGGUUUCCCAAACAGCAUCACGUUUCCUUUGUGGGAAUCAACACUUAAAAAGUAUGCUUCAUGUGAGACCUUCAAUUACUAUUUUUGCAUCUUCGUCGUAGUGAAAUGGCUAAUUUUGCAAUGCAGUGAUCUAAGAACAUAUUCCUUUUGAUUUCAGCUACUAAUUCUAUGAUGAGAUCAGACUCUGCACUAGGAUUGUCAGGUUAGCUCUUUCAUUUGCAGUUCAAGCUUUCUAUUUGUUUUGGAGCAAAUUUGUUUCUCCUAUUUGUGGAGUAUUGUUUUUAUGUUGAUUGCAUCUGUAUCCAACUUCCAGCUCCACCAAGAGUUUUAAAAGCAUAGGAGCCAUGCUAUGAUUACUAUUAAAUAGCUUUGUUUUGGUCUGUCUUUUUUAGCAGAUAACAGAUCAUUCGGUGAAACACCCGCAACUGCCACAAGGUAAAUAAGAAACAUUUUAUUUCAAGAUUCAAUGGAGUUAAUGGAUGUACUGUAGACAUCUACCCAUGGCAACAGCUGUAGUUAGAGUAGGAUGGAGAUGUUUUCUUUCUUCACUGAAAUGGGAAGAGCUGAUGUUAUUUUCUUUUUUCCAGCUCAACUGGUAGUGGUAAUCGUGGUCCAAAAGAAUGGCAUCAGCAUGUGACACCAGAUCUCAGGAAUCAUCUUGUUCAUAAACUGUAAGUGUAUUCUUUUUAUGAAAAAAAAAACCCUGGACGUAUCUGAUGUGCCAAUUCUCAAUUAUAAUCAAUCACUGUUUUCUCAGACUACAGCCCCCAUCUUUUUGUAACAGCCCACCGGUAUUAUCAUUUUAAUUCUGGAUGAGAUGAAGCCAAAAGCCGUAACUCUAGGCAUGCCUAUUCUUAAAUUUGCUCUCAAUAUGUGUACUGUUGCAACAACUGCUAAUUAUCAGAAAGUAUAAUACCAAAAUUGUUUUUGUUGUUGUAGUGUGACAGCAAUCUUCCCAACCCCGGUGCACGAUCCAGCUGCCUUGAGAGAUCGGCGCAUGGGGAAUCUUGUUUCAUAUGCACGUAAGGUAGAAGGGGAUAUGUAUGAGACGGCAAAUAGUAGGGUAAGUUGAAUUACGUACCUUGUAGACUUGCUCAUUACCUUAAUAGUUAUGGUGAGUGAAGUGCUUCUAAAGGCUUGUUCCCUUUUGAUUGCUGUGAUCAUUAGAUCACUGAAAAGAAAGUUCAGUGAUCAUUUGCAAACAUUUCGCCGAUGAUUGUCAUAGCAACAAACACUGGUAUAUACUUCUAUGCUGUCUUAACCCUGUAAGUCCCAAUAGUGACCAACAUCAAUUUUCUCCCAAUGGUAUCCGUAGAUUGUCUAGAGAAUAGGUUAUGAGAAUUAAUAAAAUGAUCACCUAAAAGAAAAUGCUUUGAUCUUUUGUCAAAUUCUCUCAACUCAUUCUUUAAGGAAAUAUAUAGAGAUCAGUUUGGAGAAUUUGUAUGUGGACAUUGGGGCUUAAAGGGUUAAAGCUGGGUCCACAUAAGUACUACAGUUUUAUUGCACAGGCCGCUAGAUGUUUUCAGCAAUCAAAGCAAUUAUGUUAAAGACUAUGCUAGAGUUGCAGAGUUUCAAAAAAUUUAGUUUUGUUCAAAGCAGUUUGAGCAAAUUGGUGUACCGGUAAAUUGUUUCAUUCAUAGCAGUUCAUGUUAAUUAUUGUAGGUAGAUCAUUAGAGGUACAUGUAGACAAGAAGCUAAACACUUUGCUUAUAAAUUACACAGGAGGAAUAUUAUCAUCUGUUGGCUGAGAAAAUCUAUAAAAUUCAAAAAGAACUAGAGGAAAAACGUCAAAGAAGACUGCAUCAGCAGAUGAGAGUGAAUCCCAUUGUGGGAGGGCAAGGUAAGAGAAAUGUCAAAAAUAACUUUAAUGAUAAUCAAAGAUUGUAAAAUGACUGUGUUAUAAUUUGAACUGAAAUGCUUACAGUGAAAGGGGAUUGAGCAUUCUCAGGACAAAUACAAUGACUUCAAAUUUUUUGGAAGUUGAUAAGACAAAUUAGUUAAUUAUUGAGUUCAUCAUUCUGUCAUUUCAACAUUGCACUUUUAAGUUAAAGAAUUGAAAAUCCAUAGCAGUCCUUGAUUCAAGGAUCAUAUUUUGAUUCAAUUAGUAAGUCUGAGAUGUCUUGUAGUAUGCAUGUCUAGUUGUCGAAAGCUGUCACUGGAGUACUGGAAAACUUACGAAAGUUUAAGUUGUGUGAAUUAGUCUUAGUUCUCAAAAUUAAUCAGUCAAACUUGAUCUUACUUCUAUCUUGCAUGCUGCAUCUCUGAUGUAAGUUGCAUUUUUUUUUUCUCUUCUUUUCUGCUGCCAUUUAUCUGAAUGUGAUGCUCUUUUGGUCACUGCACACAUGUUACAUUAUAUCUUCUUAGCCUAAUGAUUACUUAUUACUGAUUUUUUUCCUUUUACUCGUAUAUAACAUGUGCAAAUGCCUUGUAUAGUGUAAAAAUAAAGAAUUGAAUUGAAUAUGCUCGAACAAAUAUUCAUUGGCCUUGAUGCAUUUGGAGAAUUUGUGACCACCCAUGUUAGUGACUGGCCCUAGUUAGGGCCAGCAUUGUGAAGCACUGUUUAGACUGUGACUUGAAAAGCUCUUGUAAACAAUCACACAGUCCAGCUGGACUUGUCCUUUAUUUUUAUGUUCUUGAAGUGACCAUUUAGCUAACACUUUAUAAGAAAAAUUGUGAUAGUUCUUGAUCAAAUUCAGCGUGAGACAAGACGUAAGUACUAAUGGUUUAGUAACAGUCAGCAGGACCUAGUGACUUUCUGCUUUCCUUUUUUGGCCAUCUGCUUAAUGGCUGUGGAAAAAAGGCUUCAGUUAGCAGUGAAUAAAUUGGUGGAUGAUAUUUUGCUUAUUUGUGCCUGUUAUCAGUUGUUAUUUGUGCUGCUAAAGAGGCAGCGUGGCUGAGGGGUCACUGCAUUGGACUCGCAAUCUGAUGGUCCCAGGUUUGAGUCCCGCUCUGGCCACUUGGUGGAUUUUUUCUCUGUCGUUCCAAGUCUAAGUCCUCAGCCAACUGGUUGCCUCUUGCCAGUUGGGGUUUUUAAUCCUGUUAUGUUCUGUUUGUCCUAUUUGUUUCAGAAAUAUUUGGGUGGAGUGCCUGUAAACUAGCUGGAUACCCAAGUGCACUUUCCACUAUGAACAAACCUUUAACCGUUUUCUUUUGACAUCUUUUUCAUGCAGUGUCAUUUGCCCAGUUUAAUGGAGAUGUGGCCAACUCUCAGAUCCCCACAGCAGCAGCAGCAGCUCAAGCACAAGCGGCAGCAGUUGCUGCUGCCCAACAGCACAGACAACCCUCGUUCGACGUGUCUCCAGCUACAACCAUGCAGUCUCAAAAUAACCCAGCCCAAGUAUCUUCAAUGACUUCACCACCUCUUCAGGGUCAUAUGUCACCGCGUCUGCAGAUGGCAGUUCCAUCACCUGCAGGCCCACAAACUCAAACCACGAAACAACAAGUACCCAACCAGAUGUCCCCAUCAGGGCAGAUGAUGACACCUCCUCAUUCCCAAGGAAAAACUCCACCGCGAGAAAGUGGCAAAAACCUUGGGAAUGUAAAUACCCAGGAACAUUCACCUGCAUCACAGGGGGAUCUGUCAAAUUCAAGUGGAUAUGUUUCCGCUACUGAAAGUAAACCUACUUUACAGUCUCAAAUGGCAAUUAUCAAAACCGAACCUGCCACACCUCCUCCUCCUUCCCAACCACAGGGAGGACAAAUCAAGGUAUGCACUAACUAUUCCUAAUGAAAUUAUAAAUUAUUCUUGCUCUCCAAAUGUUUUUGAAUUGCUCUUUUUGAAAUAGACACUUAAAGAUUGCUUAAGUUAGAUUGGAUAGGGUGGUGGUUGGUUGCAAAAUUGUGAAAAGAUAAUUUGUAUCAUGAAAACAGUGUUAUUAGUUCAGUUUAUUAAAAAUGUUGCCCCAAAACGAACUUUUUGUGUAUCAAAUCUAAUCCCUUCAAUUAAGCAAACAAAAAGAUUGGUGUUGGAAUCAAUUAAGUCUGACAUAUCUAAUUUGGCUCUAUCAAUGAAUUAAGUUUGAGUCGCCUACAUUGGAAUUUCGAUUGUGGAACGACUUCAUUUCAAACAUCAAUCUUUUCAUGUGCCAAACCGUAUGCAUAAAUUACUAUAAUAUAUUUUCACUGGUAAGAAAUGUAGACCAUUGCACAUCUUGAACAUGAGUUGAGUGCAACUAAUGAAGUUUGUCCUCUGAAUCAACCGUCGAACUUGUAUCAUUUUGGUGGACCUAAGUAGGUAUUAAUUUAGCUACAUGAAAAGUCUGAUGUGUGAACAACUGGGCCUAAACGCUGCUUUCAUUGUUGACUUUAGUCUCAAGACAGUGGCCCCAGUUCAGUGCCAGCCAGAUCUCCCGCUCAAAGUGGUACCAAUACACCCCAGAUGAAACAAGAACCUCAUCCAUCUCCAGCAGCGCCAACUUGUUCAAUACAGUCUGCAGCAUCUGCUGCUUCCACUUCCCUGUCUUCUUCAUCGUCAUCAAUUCCUGCACCAGGUACAACGAGAUAUCCACUCAAAAAAGGUAAGAGCUGAGUUUGGUUUGGACAAGAAGGGGAGGUUGUCUGUGUUAAAAGUAAUAUCCUUCUCAGGUUAAGCUAGUAUCCAACUUAGUAGGCCAUUUCCAAGUUCUAAAUACUGUCACUUUCAAAACAAGACUAAUUGAAGAACUCUCUUGUAAAAAUGAGUUUUAUUUGUAUGACAAUAAAAAUCAUUUUCAUAUCAGUGGCUUGGCACUUAGCCUUGCUUUGAAACAGCGUCAGUGAGAGUCAUAGUCCUAAUUAUUCGCAAGGGUUUAUGGUCAUUUCGCCUACGAGUCAUGUGUGUUGGGUAAGUUCCCUAACUGCUUUCACCUGAUCAGUGGCUAAAAAAACAAGUUAUAUACAUGCGUAUGCCACUUUUUUGUAUCAUGGCUGAGAGACUGAAGCAUAUACAUGCACAGUGCUCGUUUCACUUCCUAGUGGAACGACAUAAGACGUUAGCAGAUGGAAUGUUAGCGAAACGACUUGUAGGUGAAACGAUCGGUCACCUUCAUAAGACACAGGGGAAAUUAUGGUUAACCUGAUAGUGGAUUUUGCCCGCAGUAUUUGUACUUGCUAGGUUAGCACACAACACAAUGUUUUUCCUUUCCCAGCUUUCACAGCAAUUGGGUCGGGCACAAACAGAACUCGCAAGUCCCAUGCAAGGUUCUCUCCCCACCCAAUCCCACAAUUCAUGAAUCUACAUUUUUUUGAAUGAAAAACACACUCCGUUGUCCUCAAUUUAUUGCCCAGGGCCCAGUUGUUCAAAGGCCGAUUAGCGCUUAACCCGGGGUUUCUUUUUCUUGUGUUCAAAAGCAUUUUCUCAGAUAAUUUCUGUGCUAUUUUUAGAGCUUCCAAUCAUCAACUUGUAGACAAAAAGAACUAAAACUGAAAUGCCUUUCAAGCUUUCAUAUCUGAGUUCAAAUCUCACGCUAACCCUGGGUUAUCUUAACCCAGCUUUGAAAAACUCGGCCCAGAACACUGGAAAUUGCAUUUUAGGGCCUUGAAAUUUCAAAAUAUUCUGGAGAAGCACAUGCCCAAACCCCACUAGAAAAAGGGGACUAAUGGCCCCUUGUUGAUACAGUCAGAUAUUCUUUUGAAACCUGCUGGCUACUUCAAUUUUUACUGAAACCCCUGCAUGCUCUUCUCAGUUAUUUUAAAACCCUCACUGCUGAUCUGGCAAGGAAUCAAGUCCAGGCCUACUGUUCUGGGGUAGGCCUGAGCACGUUGCAGUUUGGGAGAAAUAUGCAAACCUCUACAUAGCCUGUUUGUACUUAAACUAAAAAUAGCAGCUAGAAAAUGCUUGAUUGCUGCAUUUCCAUGCAAUAGGCAGACAUUUUCACUCAUGAAUUAUACUUCUGCCUAACCGAGUUGUUGCGGUGGUGAACUUUCUCAGUAAUAAUUGGCCAUUUUGCAGUUGGGCAGGGGUCUGGGGUGAGUUUCAAAUUUAAACUAAUCAGUUAACUGACACCACCAUAUAAAAGGUCAUGUUGAGAUUGUUUAUUUUACCAAGUUUGGUGCUCUAAAGUUGAACAGGGAUCAAGCAAUGACUCUUGAAACGUGGUUAAAGAUCCGUACAAACGUCUGUAAUUUAGUGACAGCAUCCCCCCAAACCGUAUAAACUCUUUAAAAAUAUUUUUCAGUUUUUUUGUUAAGCUGUAAAAUUCGUCAUGCAUCUAUUACUUGGAAGAAAUUAACUCGAAAAUCACUAUGUUUGCCCAUUUUCAGGAAUAUACCUCCACAAAUCGUUAAAAAAAAUUAAGAGUUAAUACAAUGAUAUAAUAUGUUAGCUGCAGCUCAGGGUUUUUUUUUUAACUUGCUAAUAAUUUUUGCAUGUUGACUUUAUGGCAUAGUUUUUCUGCCAGAGGAAUUACGGCAGGCACUCGUGCCCACUUUGGAAAACUUAUACAAACAGGAACCAGAAUCCCUUCCCUUCAGGCAGCCUGUUGAUCCAAAGCUACUUGGUUGUUUGGUAAGCUUAUUUUUAAGUUUAUUUUUGUGUGUGUAAUUUUGUGUUUUAUAUUGUCUCAGAUUUGCUUUUGUUAACCUUCCCAAUCCCAAAGUCAGUCAUAAAAAGGUAAAGGCGCACACGAGCCAAAGGCCCAAAUGGCUGUAGCUUAUCCUGGUUUCCUUAGAAUGGAUCAUGCCUAGGAGUAUUGCUACUCCCCCCCGGAUGGGGUCACCCCCGGUGGGGUCACCCCCCAAGCAUUGUGUUGCGGUUACCCAUUUAUACACCUGGGUGAAGAGAGACAAUUUGGAGUAGAGUUCCUUGUCUAAGGAAACAACGUGAUGGGUGAGGCUUGAGCCCCAUACCUCCAAAUUUUAGAGUUCAAGGUGUUAACCACCUGGCCACACAUGCCUCCACAAAAAUCAGUCAUGAAAACAUGUAAAAUAUUUCUUAAUUAAACAUCUGUAAACAGCAUCUUACAGUGUCAUGGACCUUAUGAAACCUCUUUGAAAGUGCUGUGCAUGGUACCAUUAAUUUUAUAAUGUUAGAUACCGUAAAAUUCCGAAAGUAAGCCCCGGGGCUUAUAUUUUUCAAAGGCCCUUUUUGAGUGGCUUAUUUUUGGAGGGACUUAUAUUAGGUGGGGCUUAUCUACAGAAGGAAAUUUGCGUUUCAAAAUCGAUUGGGCUAGCCUUAUAGUUGGCAGUAAAUUUGCGGCUUUUGCUUUGUUUUACUUUGUAUUUGAGGGCACUUUUCCAAGUACAAGCCCAGGGGGGGCUUAUAUUUGGAGAGGCGAUUUAUCGGAGGGUUUUUUCCAUUACCGGAUUGGGGGGCUUAUAUUUGGAGGGGCUUAUUUUCGGAAUUUUACGGUAUAUGAAGAGACAUGCUUUGAAUUUUUCAGGAUUACUUUGAAAUAGUGAGACAUCCUAUGGAUCUCUCUACAAUUAAAAGAAAACUGGAUGCUGGACAAUACAAUAAUCCCUGGGAGGUCAGUAUGAACUGUGCAUUUUGUCUUUUUGUGAACACUGUAAAGGGUAAAAAUGAAUGUUGUGGUGCAUAACACUUUAUAAAAUAACUGAGAUAGUACGCACACUCUGAUUGCCCUCAUCAGCUGAAACUUGGAAAAUCUUUACAAACAUGCUGUGUCAACUUUUUGUCGCUCAAGUUGACAUUUUAAGUGAGAAAAAUCGGUAUUUUGGAAAGUAUCUUUUUCGCAAAACAAGAACUGAUAAUGCAUGCAAGACUUCAUCUACAAGACUUCAGACUGGUAAGAAUUUCUCUUUUAAUCAGUGCCAUGAAAAAGAGUUUUGCGUUUUUUCUGGGGAAAGUUUAUAAAUGCAAUAGAAAACUUUUUUCCUGUAUUUGUUUUGCAAACCCUUAACUUUGUCUUGAGUUUUCAUAACUGUCUUGAAUUCUCCCAACCCCUCUUGUGUUUAUAUUGGGCUAUACAAACAGAGAAAAUCUUUUCUAUUGCUUAAGUGAAACUCUUUUCCUUGACUUACCUCCUUAAUGCUUGGUUUGGUUCCCACUGUGGUUCAAAGAUCCUUAGUUUGCCUUGCAUGAAUGAAAAUGAAAGGGACACUCACUCAUUUGUUCAUUUGUGUUCUCAUUACUAGUUUUGGUAAGAGAAGUGAAGAGUAUUUGCUAACGUUAUGUUCCUUUUUUGCAGUACUGUGACGAUGUCUGGCUCAUGUUUGAUAAUGCGUGGUUGUAUAAUAGGAAAACCUCAAGAGUAUAUAAAUAUUGUACAAAGGUAAAACUUGUUUCUGUGGAUGUGCUUCUCAAAAGACUUCAAUAUUGAUUAGAUAACAGUUAGAGUUAAAUAAAGAUAUUAAUUUUUUGCAUCCUUCUUUACCCACAGCUGUCUGAGGUCUUUGAACAAGAAAUUGAUCCUGUAAUGAAAAGUUUAGGUUAUUGUUGUGGAAGAAAGGUACAGAUGCUGCCAUGGCAUUUUUGUGUUUUGUUUUAAAACUUUAUUGGCUUAUUGCUGCAGAAGACUGAUGUAUUACUUCUUGUCGUUUUCAGUAUAUAUUUAAUCCUCAAGUGCUCUGUUGCUAUGGGAAGCACUUGUGUACUAUUCCAAGAGAUGCCUCUUACUGGACUUAUCAAAACCGGUAUGAUUUUGUUCAUUUCCGUGCACUAUUACAUGGUAGAUACUUGACGUUAUCAGCAGUCUUCUUAUGGCAAUGCUACAGACAGCACUGCUUUUUCUUAAUCAUUCAAGUCCCUUUAUACACAUACAAAUGCUCCAGACCUAUCUCUAUACAUUUCUUUGAAAAAAAGAUAAAAGAAUUUUCCUGAGUUGAUCAUUAUCUUAAUUCUCCUUACCUUUGAUCUUGAUCAUGAUCUUAAUUGUCCUUACCCUUGAUCUUGACCAUGUAUUGAUAUUGUAAGGAGAAGAUUGAUGUGGAUAACUCUUGACACUGAAGGGAUUUAUGGGAGUAAGAGGAGUGCAGUGGCAUGGUCACUUUCCUCUCACCAUUUUCUCCCAGGUUUAAAUUCCAGUGACAUAACACCUUAUGUGGGUUGAGUUUGUUAUUGGCUCUUUACUUUGCUCCAAGGAGUUUUUCCCAGGCACAUCCAGUUUUUCUCUCUCCUUAUAAGCUAUCUUUUCAAAAAUUUCACUUAAAUCUGGAAUAUAGUAGAAGAAGAGCCACUUCAAGGAUAUACCUCUGCUAAAUUCCCUUCAUUUAUUUUUAUUUUUACGCUCAUCAGGGGGUGUCUACAUUUUAGACCAUUCUACAUUGCUAUCAGAGUAGAAUAUUUUAUACCGGUCACUUAGUUUUUCAUUUAUAUUAGUUACCAUGCAUUGCUGUAUUUGCUGAUCAUGUGUUUACAGGUUUCACUAUUGUGAGAGAUGCUUUGAUGAGAUUCCUGGUGAUUCAGUCAAUCUUGGGGAGGACCCUACACUGAUGCAAAGGUAAAACUUGGGCCCCAGGCUUUCGGACACCUCUUUCUUUGUACACUGUUGGUAGUGAUUAAGAAAGGUGUAAUGACUGUCAUGUUAUCUAUAGUUAUUUUAAGUUGCUGAGGAAGUUUAGAUAACAGUGAAUUAAAAGAAUAUGCACAUAGUGUAUUGUUACUGAAAAACAAGGCUAAAAGUGUAAGAUGUGUGACAGAGGCAGACAGCUGUGGUCUGUGGUCCACUCUCAUACUAACGUUUUAAUUCUUAUUUCAGCUCGGUUCCUAAACAAGACUUCAAUAAGAACAAAAAUGAUCAUCUUGACAUGGAGCCGUAAGUAUCCUCAAUUUUUGUGAUUGUAUAUGUGAUCUAGUAGUACCUGGCAUGUCUUCUUGCAAAUUGACCCUCUUGGACAAGGAGGAAAUCUUAACAGUUUUUGUCUUUCACUCACAUUACCAGUGUGUAUGCUAUGUAUUGGAAAAAUAGAAAGUGCUUGCAUUAAAAAGUUCAACUCCUACAGGAUUGGCUUAGUGCCAUAUCAUAUCUUGCCAGCAUUUUCAUAGUUUUGAAACAUUUAUGUGAUUGCUGUUACCUCAUGUGGAAAUGCUGUAUUUCUGGAUCUUGGCACACUGGAUUUCAUUGGGCAGAGCCUUUAGGCCUCCCACAAUUUUUCUUUGAGCACAGCCUUGUAAUAAGUAGUCUAUCUGAACAGCAGCUGCAGUCGAUGAUGUGGAUGUGAGCUGAAUGAAAAUCAGUUCAACUUACUGUAACAGAAGAUCUAUGAAAAGAAAUGAUAAAGUUAAAAUGGUGGUUUUGUUGUCAUGACAAGUCAGUGAAUUGUCUUAUAAAUUGAUCUUUUACUUAACACCUUUUGAUUGUCUCUUGCAGAUUUGUGGAUUGUAUGGAUUGUGGACGAAAAGUCCAUCAAAUCUGUGUACGCCAUCAUGAUUACAUUUGGCCACAAGGGUGAGUAGAGUGCAGUUUGAGAUUGCCCUCAUUUUGUGAGUUAUCUUCGUAAUAUUUUUUAUGAAAAAGGUAGGUAGUAAAAUUAAUGUCACUGGAGCAGACAGAUUUCUAUAGAGUGGUCAGUGACGCAGUUAGCCAAAGCUAAUAAAUCUGGGCUUGUUUUCCUCUUUUCUAAACUUUGUAGUACUCAGGUUUGUCUCUAUUAUCCCUUUAAGCCCCAGUAUCCACAUACAAAUUCUCCAAACUGAUCUCCAUACAUUUCCUUUAAGAAUUAGUUGAGAGAAUUUAAUAAAACAUCAAGGCAUUUUCUCUUUCGUGAUCAUUUUUUAUAUUCUCACAACCUUAUCUCUUGACAAUGUAUGGACAUUGUUAGGAGAAAAUUGCUGUUGGUCACUGUUGGAACCUAAAGGGUUAUGCAUGGUUGUUUUUGGUGUCAGAGUUACACUACUUCUAUAAUAUGGGUAGCUCUGUAAUUUCAGACACCUGACUUUGCCCCCGUGGUUUCUACGUUUGCAAACUGAGAAUACUGAUACUUUACAAGCUGCUAACUUUUGGUAUGUAAUUUACUACCUAUUGCAGAUAUCAGUGUGAUGGAUGCUUGAAAAGGAGGGGGAUGAAGAGGAAAGAAAACCGGUUUACUGCAAAGAGUAAGUGCACUUUUCAGUGUUCACUAUGUAAGUUUGUUUUUGCUUUUACUAGAAGCUGAGGAAUGGCUUUAUCAACUUAGGUGCAAUUAGCUGUAAAUUAAUCCACUAUGGAAUAAAACCUUCGGGUCAUCAAUAAAUUCAACGUUGGUAGUGUUGGCAUAAUCCACUAAUUUUUCUGCGAUUUUAAUACUCCUCCAUCCCACCUCAGGUUACUCUGAAAUACACUUCUACUUUGAAAUACACUCUGAGAUUGCUAAGAUGCAUGUGAAUGGGAUUAUUAACCAACGGAAUGAAUAAUAAAUUGGAGAAACGUAAAUUAAUUUAUGAGCAUGUGCUGAACCGUGAACCUGUCCCUUUAAGCUGCCAUUCCCAGAUUUACAAAAGGAAUAGUACAUUAAAUGUAGUGAAAACCUCUUAAAUAAAUGCUUCGUGGAUCCUGAGUACCCUUUGUAAGGGGAAUAAAGUAAGUAGACCUAUACGAUCCCCAAGAGACGUUUAUAAAAUAAAGUCAUUAGAAGGUUAAUAGUUUUCUUGUAAUGAAACUUAUGAUAUAAUCUGUUGCAGCUUGACUAAAGGUUUUAGGCAUUAAGAAUUUGUUAAAUUGCUCAUUUGUCUGUAUUGAGCGAUCUAAUUUGUGACAAUAUGUUUUAGAACUUAAACCAGGACCAAGAAAAAUGUCAAGUAGUAUCAGCUGUGGGUAGUGAGAGGUUGUCCAUUAAGUAGGAAUGUCUCUCUCAAAAUACAAAAUAAUGAUGACGAUAACGUCAUGUUUCUGGGAAACCCCACUAAUAAUUUUCACAUAAUUUCCCCACUUAGAACUGCCAACAACCAAACUUGGUGAUCUCAUUGAGAAAAGAGUGAAUAACUUCUUGAUCAAGGAGAAUUAUCCAGGAAAUGUGACCAUAAGAGUUGUUUCCUCCUGUGACAAGCAAGUGGACGUCAAAGCAGGAAUGAAGUCACGGUUUGUACAAAUUGAAAAAAAGAACUUACUUGGUCAAUUUUAGAAAUCAUCAGUGCAAGCUCAUUGCAGUAUUGUUAGACUUGUAAGCCAUCUUCCUAUAUCACCUUCCCCAUUUUCCUUGUUUUUCCGAUUUCUAAGUCCUUGGUAACUGCCUGAAAGAUGUGUUGGGUUCGUGGCUUAGAUUCUGGGACUUUCUAGCUCCGAGAUAGUGGUGAAAAGUCGUUCAGUAAAAUGAAAUGCGAAAAAUGCACAGGGGCUGGGGAGAGACUGGGUGGCGGAGCCUGUACGCAUUUUUUUAAUGGCCUGUUCCGGUAUAUCAGCUCCUGAUAUACCCUGUGAUUGGUCAAUUGUGACAGUCAACAUCAUCACCUAGUAGCGUGGUCAUCAGUUUGUCAUCACCAAGAUGGCCAACGCGAAUCGUGCGUGUGAUCUUGAUGAAUCCGCAUUAUCUUGUGCUUUGGACAAGUGUUAACCUUAGAUCAGGCGUUAUUUUUUUUUCUGCGACUUGGCUCGCGGUAAAGAUGUUUUCGCUUUUAUGCGCACCAGUUUCGGCACAAGUUUAAUCUUAGAAAAGUUUAAUCUUAGAAAACUCUACGAUAAUAGUUGUUUCACCGCUGAUAUCUAUAAUGCGAGACCAAGUGGAACACUGAAUUUAAAAAGCUUGGACUUUCGGCCAUAGCUAUUGGCAUCGGUGAAGAGGGAGAGGAGGACGAGAAGAAAGCGAGAGAAGGAAAGUGCGAAAUUGUUUUCGGUAGUCCGGAGUCCUGGCUGAUCACAAAGUAGCAAUAACAAAACAGUCCAAAGACUGUUAAGCUUUAAAAAGCUAUUACCAAGGGAGAAACUACACGCUCCAGUCAGACUGCGCUCCAGUCAAAAGACUCACACCAUUAUAAGAGACACACUAAGCUGGAGUUUACUGAGUCACAAUGCAAUUCUCCUUAGUUGAUGUAGCUUAAGUUUAAGCUGUACUUCAUACUUAUAAUUCUGGAUGUGUAAAUCGCUAUCCGUGAUAAUUUAACAUUCUGCAAAGAAAACUAACGAGCUUGGCCCAGCGUGAUACAACAUUACAGAAAAACAUUACAUUCACGGACUAAAGAAAAUCACUUAGUUAGUCAGAUCUAGAAGGCACUUUGGAGAAAAUUAAAACCCUCAUUCAGCCGCAAUGAAAAGCUUUACGUUCAAAAGAAGUCAAAGAAAAUGCUCUUUCAUCAGAGGGCAAAUCCUGCUGACUAGAAACAAAAGCCACAGUAAACCGAUAUGUGUGCCAUGACCUCUCAGUGUGAAACAAGCGGCUAAAAUCACAUUUGCUCAGUGAAAAUGCAGAACCUUCCAGAGCAUAACCUACCCAACAGGAAAAAACUUACCGCCCCCUUUUAUUACUAUAAAACCUGCAGCACUUUGAAUGAUCAAGUGCUAUAUUCACGGACACCAUUGACGAAUUCGUAGCCUGCAAACAGCAGAUGUAUUUCUGGUCGUCACUUCGGCGGGUGAAACUAAACAAGAGCCGAAAAAACCGGAUGCUCUCACAGGAUAACGAAUUCAAAGACAUAAAUUUCCACACAUUCGCACAAGGAGUUUGCGUCACACGAAAUGCUCGCACAAGAAACUUGAGAAUGAUUGUAGCUAACUGAAGGGUUAACAGUUUUGACAGCCGAAUCCAGACGUGACAAAAAUGGGCGGAAGAGGGUCGUUGAAGAAAUGCUAACAGGCUCUCUCUCCCAUUUUUCUCGUCACCACCGCCCCCUUUCCCAAGUCGCGCGUCUUAUUUUCGCUUUGCUCGUUUUAUUACGUCCACACUAUACUAUCUGAGAGCCUGGCACAGGCUAGGGACUUUCCAGCGCAACAAGACCCCCCAGACAUACCAGGCACUCAUUGAACCUCUAUGAUUAUGGUGGUUAACUGAUUUUAUUUCUUGAUAUUUUAAUAUGGUAACAUUCGAUUCAACUCCCCUUCAAAGACUUCCUUCUACAAAAGACACAACAACCUUCUACAUUUUGCAUCGGGGACGAAUGUCAUAACUGUGAGGUGGCUUGCCGUGUGGCCACCCAGGAUAUUCCAUUUGAGAAAGAUGUUUUUAAAUCAACAUGGUGUUUUGGUUUGUGUUGUUAGGUAUGAUGGAGGAACGUUUCCUGAUUCCUUUCCAUACCGUGCAAAAGCCAUGUUUGCUUUUGAAGAGAUUGAUGGAGUGGAUGUGUGUUUCUUUGGAAUGCAUGUACAGGAAUAUGGCUCAGAGUGUCCACAACCAAACACACGCAGAGUUUACAUCUCUUACCUGGACAGUGUUCAUUUUUUCCAGCCCCGUCACUUACGUACCUCCAUCUACCAUGAGAUCCUCAUUGGUUACUUAGAACAUGUUGGACAACAAGGGUAAUUGCUCUUUCUGUUUUAGUUUAAGCAGUCAUAUGAUGUAACUAUGGCCAGAUCAAAUGGAAAUUGUGAAACUGUUGUUGCCAUGAUGUAGCUGCUAACCGGUUUGCUAAGAAUUGUCACUUGGAGAUUAUGUUAAUUAAUCAUAACUAUAUAACAAAAUCAUCUAAUCUGAUUGGCUAUCAGCAGCCCUGAUUUUACCAUCAAUCAGACAGUAUGCAUUACUCCUAAAAAAUUAGAGAGUACAUGCCAUUCUUUGUGCACACAUCAAUAAUUUUUUAUUUUCCUUCUAGCAAAAAAUCUUAGAGGAUCUCUGAUCUUAGAGGAUGUUUGAAGCUUAAGCUUAAGUUGUGAUAAACUUGUAACAGAACUUUGUAUUGUCUAAUUUGGUCUGCAAUCACACCCGUGAGUAAACAAAUCAGAUUCCCACCAUGUGGUCAUCGGAUUUUGUUGAUCACGUGUAUGAUUACAGACCGUGUACUACUACAUGAGAAAUUUCUGCAAUUUGAUUGGCUUAGAGCAGUGGUAUUUCAGCUUAAUUUGAAAUACCUACAUGUGAAAAUUACAAACCUUUUCCAAUAUCACUACAAAUCAUGCUAUUACCUAUACAAAUUUCACUCCUCUCGGUCCUAUUACCAGUAUUGAUAAAUUUUGUUUUAUUUUAUGAUUCACAAUUAUCGCUGAAAGGCACUAAUCAAUCGGUAUUGCUAUAGCACAGAUCGAUUAUUAGAUUCUCUGACAUACUCAGUGAACCAUUUUCAACAAUUCUGAUAUGAAUUUCAUUAAAUUACCUUGUUACAGAUAUCAGAUGGCUCACAUAUGGGCUUGUCCACCUAGUGAAGGAGAUGACUACAUUUUUCAUUGCCAUCCCGUUGAGCAGAAAAUUCCUAAACACAAACGCCUUGUGGAAUGGUACAAGAAGAUGCUUGAUUUGGCUGUCAAAGAUCAUGUUGUCAUCGAGUACAAGGUAAGCACUGUAAAGUGAAUUCCAAAGCUGCAUGUACAGUCAGCUAUUUCUCUCACUGUAGGGACGUGAGUUAGUGUCCUCAUUAGUAAGGGUACGUAAUAGCAGGAGUUUAUUUCUGUCAAAUGCCAGCAAUUUAUUUUUGCCUGAGAUUUAGCCAGUGUCCUUAUUAUCAGGGUGUCCACAAGAUGAGAGUUGACUGGAACCAUUUUCUGUUGCAAAGUUGUCCGUUGUUUUAGAAAGUCCUGCUUCAGGUUGGACAUGAUGAGUUGGCAUAUCAUACAUUAGGGAAAUUAAGAUCGGACAAUAGCAACGGCAAUGAUAACAUAUGAAAAUCAAAAGGUUUAAUAAGCAAAACAACAACUCUGCAUGUGCUUCAUACUUUUUUGUACAUUUCUUUGUCUUCACUGCAUGUAAAAAUGUCUAAUUUCACAUAUUAUGGAGGACUUAAAUGCGCUUUUUAAGUGAUCUGCUAUGGUCAUCCUCAGUUCUUGACCUCCCCAUUGAGUGUCAGAACUUAAUGUUUUGUUUUAUCAUUCUGGUGGAUUCCUGUGUAUGCCUGUAGUUUCAAUUCAUGAAAAGGUGUCAAAGCUCAAAGUAACUUUCUGAUGGUGGUCAGACACGAUGACCGGCAAAAUAAAUUUUUACUCUUAUUUCUGACCGGUCAAAAUAUCAGGUUGGAAAAAAGGUGUGUAGCCUGUGCGCAAUUUUCUAUUUGUGAACGUGAUUGUAUUUUUACAGAGACAAAUCUAAGAUUUACAGUUGAGGAUUUUGUUAUUUUUUUAAGAAUGAGAGUGUGGGUGAUCGGUCAACAUAAGCAGCGAGUGAAGUUGUUGGCCAGUCAAGUUACCAUUCUGGUUGGACAUUGUCUGCUGAGUGUUCAGAAAGGAAUCUUCUUGCAGGCCUCUGAAGGCAUGUUUCUAAGAUUGACUGCCAAAGCUUUAUUUGCUAAGUAUUGUCAUUCCUUUUGUAGGACAUUCUUAGACAAGCUAAUGAUGAUGGAUUGAAAACCGCCAAAGAAUUACCAUACUUUGAUGGAGACUUCUGGCCAAAUGCUUUGGAAGACAGCAUCAAAGAGCUUGACCAAGAAGAGGAAGAAAGAAAAACAGCUGCUGCUGCUGCUGCAGCGGAGACUGCCAGUAAAGAGGUAUAGAUCUCACAUUUGAUUCUGGUAGAGUUUAUAACAACUAACAGGGCACAUGCCUUCCCCACAAAACGACUUAUUAGUUAAGCGUGAAACCAAAUACAGUUUAAGGAAUUAAUUAUUUUUCAACAUGCCACCCCAAAGACAGAGUUGGUCAAGAAGUUCGUUGAAUAUAUGAGUGCUUACCUGUGGAACAGUUCAGAUGAUGAUAUGGGAAAAAUUACUUUUUUAGAAAAUUUUAAACACUCUGUUAAGAAAUUGCCUUCUGGAUGUUAUGCAUUGUCAUUUUUUAAGAACUAUUGGUAGUUUUUAAUCCCUUUUCAGCUUUUAUAUUUUUAAUUCUUAAUUUUAUAAAUAGUUUUUGCCACCUUCUAAUUUUUCAUACGAGCACAUCAGCGUUUCUGUAAUCUUGUGAUGUAUAAAUAAAUGCUUUACUUACUUACAGAGGCGUUAGUGAAAUUAUUUGAAGUAAAUUGCUCUCAAGUUGACUGUUACCAUUGUUUGUGUUUAGAAGUUUAUUUUGAAUGCUGCAAGUAAUGACUUUGGCAGAAGGAAACUUCUCCUGGGUUUUCAUGGAUGUUAUGUGUGAUUGCUUAUAAGUUUUUUAGUGUAGGUAAUAGCAUGAUUUGUAGUGAUAUUUGGUAUAAAUACCACUCGUGAUAUUUCAAAAUUGUCUCAAAUUACGAAUAACAAUUUUGAAAUAUCACGAGUGGUAUUUAUGCCAAAUAUUACGUACAAAUCAUGCUAUUAUUUGUUUAUACUACUGCCUGCAAAAGGUUUGUAAUUUUCACAUGUAGGUAUUUCAAAUUAAGUUGAAAUACCACUGCUCUAAGCCAAUCAAAUUGCAGAAAUUUCUAAUUGCCAACGAGCCAUCCGAGCGAAGACGCUCGGAUGGCGAGGCGGCAGCAGAAUAGAGCCUCGUAAGACUGGGCAAUAGGCAGAAAAAUUCUCGAUCGAGCUGAAAGAAGUGUAACCUAAUGUAAUGUAGAUUCCGCUGAGACCAAGUGGUCAGUUGUGAACCAAUCAAAAGGCAGUACCUGGCGCACGGGCUCAAGUUGAAUAACAAACAAAAUUUCACACACUUCCCGCCGUCGCGACUUCCUGUCUUUAUUAACCUAAAUUUUUUCGUCAAACCCGGCCACCGCAGUCAAGAGACAUGAGCACUUGAUGUAUUCUAUUAAUUGUAGGGGCCAUAAUGUUAAGUUUUAACGAAGAGAAGUUUGUAAGACAGCAAAAGUGCUCUAUGUGCAGCAAGCAAUAUUCUCACCACCAAAAAGGAUCAGAUUACACGAGGAGAUAAGGAAAGCUUGACACGAAGAAUGGAGUCGCUUCUGUUGGAAAAUCUGGUGUUGGGGAAAAAAUCUAACCAGCAAACAAAAACAAUGAGAAAAAAAACGCAUUACAAGCCUAAAGCGAACGACAAAGGAAAAGAAAACAACGCCAUUUUUUUCGAAACGUGGCCGAGUUCAGUAUUAAAUUAAAUAUCGACGUGCCGUACAUCGCAUGUCCUUGGAAACAUUUCAGAUGGCCCAGCGAAUCAUUCUAAGUUUCAAUCCGAUAACAAAAAGCCUCGGGAAAUUUAAAAUGAGGUUUAAAUGAUUAAACUGUGCAAAUAUUUAUCAACAAUGUGAAACCGAACCGACAGUGGAUUUGUAGCUGGACUUAAUAAUAUUCCCGAUCGCUCCCUCUGCAAAGCUGACUUUAUUCUUUCAAGGCACUUCACACUUUUACAUAACAGGUUUGUAAAGCCACCAGACUGAAUCUGAGAACUUUUCAAGAAAAUAAUCCUUGCAACAGGAAGGGACCAAGAAACAGUCAAAUGGGAAAAAAAGGAAUUUUUUUCCUAAGCAAAAUACGCAUGAUUUGCUCGUUGGCACUCUAUCGAUAGGUAUACCUAGUGUAGUGGUAUAAUAGGAUAAAUGCUUGAAAGUAGCUUGAAACUAAAGUGGCCUCUGUGCAUGGUUCAACCAAAUUAUUAUCACCAAGACAAUACGCUUUUUCAGGAAUAUAUUUUAUUAAAAUUAAACUCUCUACUUAUAGGGAACACCAGGAAGCAAGAAUAAGGGGAGCAACAAACGUAGUAACAACAAAAAGGGCACAAAAAGCAAAGCAAGCAACCGUAAGAACCCAAAGAAGCCUAACGGUUCAGUCAAUGGGUUGUGUGAUUUAUCACAAAGAUUGUACAGUACUAUGGAGAAACACAGAGAGGUGAGAUUUGUAAAUUUGCAAUUUUAAUCACAAGUUCUCUUUCUGUGGGUUGUUUGAAUAUGUCAUGUGCGGUAUUUCUCACGAAUUUUGCUCAGAUUUGUUAUGGUAUGGCUAUUUCAUUUUGAUCAUUAUGCAUCAAUGGAGGGCUGGCUGCAUGUUAAUGACAUUUGAUAAAAGGACUAUACUUGUGGAUUUGGUACAGUAAUUAUUGUGCUUGUUGGACUGUUGUGAUGGGUUUUAUGAAUGAAAGAAUAUAUCUUUUAGACGUACCUCCAGUGUCAUAAAUGAAUAAGUAGCACUUUCUUAAGUAAUUCGUUUUUCGCUAAUAAUACUCUGUUUGUCUCACUUGCAGGUGUUCUUUGUUAUUCAAUUAAAUGGCCGUAAGACUCCCGAGACUAGUGACCCCGAUGGCUUAAUGAGCUGUGACAUCAUGGAUGGCAGAGAUGCAUUCUUGACACUUGCUCGUGAGAAGCAUUAUGAGUUCUCAUCGCUUCGAAGAGCCGUGUUUUCUACCAUGGCUAUGUUGGUUGAGCUGCAUAAUCAAGGCCAGGACCGGUUUGUCUACACGUGCAACAUAUGCAGAAGACCCGUGGAAACACGAUAUCACUGUAACGAAUGCGACGUAAGUAGGGUUCAGUGUUAGGGUUCAGUCUAAUAAUGAAUCGAAGCAAGGCUUAUUACUACCGUUGGAUGACAAACAUCCUUUCGUUUAUUUUUAUUUCAAUUCAUGGCAACUAAUGAUAAUAAUAAAAAAAAAAGAAAAAAAGAAAUAAUAAUAACAAUAAAAUGUAAAAAAGAGGGGAAAAAAAGCCAUUGGAGUUGCGAAAAAGAGUCAGAGACCCAAUACAAGACACAACACCAUCGAUACUAUCUACAUAAAAAUAUUUGUUAAUAUUAAUAUUAUGUCCUAUAUACAAUUAAAAAUACAAAAUAUUCAAGCGCAGUGUGACAAAUCAACUAGAUGCGGCAGUUCCAUCGACAGACUCAAGAUCACCAAGCCAGCCCAAAUACCCCGCAACACCACGCCUAAAUGAGUGUAAAUCGUGACUAAAGCGAACUUAGCACGGGAGACAGUUCCAGCUAUCCACAAUUCUGUUAAAAUGUGAAUUUUUAAUACUGGUAGUCCAGUUGCUUGUUGAUAGAAACUUCACGCUGCCAGUAUGUGGCUACGGGUUUGUGAUGCUGGUACUCUUAGAAUAGAAACUGAACGUAGAAUGAUAAUACUUUGUGCACAUAAACUGACUUGCAAGCUGCAAAAAGCAUUUUGUGUAUUUAUUAGUAUGUCCCAACUGCAUUUGUUGUGUAAACAUUGUGUACACUGAAAAGCGUCGAAAUAGAUGUUUAGGCUCCAACAAUUUGGUAGACAAUGACAUUUUGAACCCAGUUUGAACAUCUAAACGUUUCAAUAUUUGCCAUCGAUCAUUCGCCUUAUUCUUUCCACUGCUAGGUAUUGAGAAUGACGCAAGUGAUUUUGUUGGUUUGUUUGUUUUUUUUUUCCCAGGAUUAUGACCUCUGUGUGCCUUGCUACAACGAGAAAGGUCAUAAACGUAAGAUGGAAAAGCUUGAAUUGGACUUGGAUGUAGAUCAACAACAAGAGCAAGGUGGUGAAAAAGAACGGCCACAGCUUAGUGCACAGGAGGAACGAAGAUUAAAGAUCCAGCGCUGCAUACAGAGCUUAGUGCAUGCUACUCACUGCAGAGACCCCGCAUGUCAACUUGCAAGUUGUGCCAAGAUGAAGCGUGUUGUGGAACACACUAAAACUUGCAAGCGAAAAACGGGCGGUGGAUGCCGAAUUUGUCAAGAGCUUAUUCAUCUUUGCUGUUAUCACGCAAAGCACUGUUUAGAAAGGGAGUGUGUAGUACCGUUCUGUCGGCAUAUCAAACUCAAGCUCAGACAACAACAGACGCAGCAGAGGCUUGCUCAGUCUCAGACUCUUCGUCGUCGUAUGGCCAUGAUGCAGCGUCAAAGCAUGCAACCUCCACCUCAAAUGCCAGGUCAACCCAUGCCUCCUAACAUGGCCGGUGCUGGAAACAUGGGACAGUCUCAUCCAGCACUACAGCAUCCCCAGCAGCCACCUCCUUACCAGCCACCUGCCAUGCCUCAGAAACCUGUUAUGAAUGGCCCUCCCCCACGUGCAGUGGAAGCUGCCCAGAAGAUCGCACAGGCUGCUACUAUGCAAGCUAUGCCUAUGGGAAUGCAAGGGCGUAAUGUAUCGUUACCUCAACAGGGCUUUGCACAGCAGCAGCCUCCGAAUAUGGGACCAUCUAGACCAAUGGCACCACCUUCAAUGAGGCAACAGAAUCCAGCUCUAAUGCAACCGAAUAUGGGGCAGAACCUAGCCCAAGGGAUGCCUCCUCAGGGAAUGCUACCACAGAACAUGCCCCAGGCUAUGCAGCAGCCUAUUCCACAACAAAUGCAACCAACGACUGGAGCGCCAAGCAAUCCUGGCAUGAAUCAGGCCACUUACGAGUGGUUCCAAAAACAGCAAAUAAACCACCCCAAUGCAAUGAUGCCUGGUGUGCAGCAACAGUUCCCUCAAAUGCAGCCCGGCCAACAAGGGGUCCCAUCUGUUGUACCCCAGCAGAACAGACCUAACGUACCACUUCCGCUGCAGCAGUUGUUGCAAACGUUGAAGAGUCCAAGUAGCCCUCAGCAGCAGGCUAAAGUGUUUCAAAUUCUGAAGCAACAUCCUCAGUUGAUGCAAGCGCUUGUUAAACAGCGACAAUAUGGACAGCAACAACAACAGCAGCAACAGCAGGGAAUGCCUCCUGGUAUGCAACAAGGGAUGCAACAAAGCAUGCAGCAAAACAUGCAGCAAGGAAUGCAACAGGGAAUGCAACAACCUAUGCAACCCAACAUACAACAGGCUAUGCAGCACAACAUCCAAGGAAUGCAGCAACAGGCAUUGCAACAAAAUGUACCACAGGGAAUGCAGGGUAUGCAACAAGCAAUGCAGAACCCCAUGCAGCAGGGAAUGCACCCAGGCAUGCCAAGUGGCGUUUCACAGAAUAUGCAGCAUGCCAUGCAGAAUCCUAUGCAACAAAUGCCAAUAGUGUCUCAAGCCACUGUCAGUCAACAGCAACAGUGGCUAAGAAUACUUCAGCAGCAACAACAACAACAGCAGCAAGCGCAACAACAACAACAGCAGCAGCAAAAUAUGUUCCAACAGCCACAGGUCUCUCCUUUUUCUCAAAUGAAUGCAAUGAGAAGGGGCCAGGUUCAAAGUCAACUGACCAACUCACAAGCGGGGAUGGUGCAUCCACACAACGGCCAAACACAGUCAUCCCUACCGCAGCACUUUCAGGCUAAACAGCCACAGUUUGCUUCACAUCUCAUGUCUCCACAAUCGGCUAACCCAAUGUCACCACAACAGGGCAUACACCCUUCACAGUCACCUCGACCAGUCAUGUCUCCACAACCACAUACAACGGGAGCGUCACCUCGACAGCAGCCCACCAUGUCACCGCAUCCACAACAAACAACCCUCACGUCCCCUCGACCCAUACCCUCACCUCACCAAGCGGCCACGCCUCAAAUGGACAGCCAAUUAAUGGAUAAACCGCUGUUUAGUACGGCGAGAAUAUCUCUUCCUCCGAUCCAGACCCAAACCGACCCCGACCUAUCAAUUGGUCAGGAAGAUUCUCCGCUGACGCCUCAGGAUCAGUUGACUAAAUAUGUCGAAAAUUUAUAAU